GCUUUUUUGAGGUUAUAUUUAUAUUUUUUAAAUAUUUUCAAUUUUCACAGAAUAUUCAAUUUUUAAGAUAUUUGUGUCCCAAAUAAAAAUGGGAAAACCUAUUCUGGAAACUGAAGCAACAGUAAACAACCAAGAUAGUGUAAAAAAGUUUAAAAAUAAAAAAGGAAAACCACAUUUGGACCGGAAAAAGUCGAAACAAAUCCUCAAAGAAAAACGAGCCCGGUUGAUGAUCAAAAACCUCCCGUUCAAAGUGACCGAGUCGAAAAUACAAGAACAUUUCGGAAAGUACGGUGAAAUAACUGGCGUAGACAUUUUGAAAAGACCCGAUGGAAAAUUAGUAGGAUGCGCAUUUGUGCAAUUUAAAUUAGUUCAAUUUGCUAAACAAGCCCAACACUAUACCAAUAAUCAACCAUUUUUGGGUCGAAAUAUUAAUGUGGAUUUUGCUGUGGCCAAGGACAAAUUUAAAAAAGAUAAAAAGAAAAAUGAAAAAAUAGCAGCAGAUAAAAUAAAACAAGAAGAAGAAGAAAAUAAAGAUGUUGUGGAAAUUAAAGAUGAAGAAGAUGAAUUAUUAGAACAAUCCCAGGAACAAUCAGAGGAUGAAGAAAUUAUUGAAGAGGAUGAUGAGGAAGUUUUAGAAGAUCCAAAUGAAAAAAAAUCGUUCCAGUCCCAUGACGUUAACGAGGGCAGAACUGUUUUUAUCAAAAAUGUCCCAUUUGAUGCCACAAAUGAGGAUGUCAAACAAUGUAUGAGCCAAUUUGGUCGAAUCUUUUAUGCUCUGGUUUGUAGAGAUAAAUUCACAGAACAUUCCAAAGGGACUGCUUUUGUUAAGUUUGUGGAUAAGGAAGAUGCAGAAAGGGCAUUGAAAGCAGGCACAGAAUUGACCUUACAUGGCACCAUUUUAGAUUGCCAUGCUGCCAUAGACCGCAAUGAACUCAAAAAUAAAGAGAAAGCACAAAAAGAACAGAAGAGCAAACCCAAGGAUUCUAGAAAUUUGUAUCUGGUUAAAGAAGGAGUGAUCCUCGCUGGAACCCCUGCAGCUGAAGGCGUAUCAGCCAGUGACAUGGCAAAAAGACUCCAAAUCGAGCAAUACAAGACCCAAAUGCUAAGAAACCUGAACACAUUUGUUGCAAAAGAUCGUUUGGUUGUGCACAACUUGCCUGCCACAUGGGAUGAUAGAAAAUUGAAGAUCCUUUUUGAAAAACAUGGAGGCAAAGGAGCAGUAGUUAGAGAGGCCAGAAUAAUGAGAAAUAUGCGGGCUUUGGACGCUAAAGGAAUAGGCGAAUCUAAACAGUUUGGUUUUGUGGCCUUUACCAGUCACCAGCAUGCUUUAACUGCCCUCAGAAGUCUUAAUAAUAAUCCUAAUGUGUUUUCAACCCAGAAACGACCCAUUAUAACUUUUAGUAUUGAAAGUAAAGCAGCAUUAAAAGCAAAGAUUAAACGACAAGAGAAAUCGAAAUUGAAAAAUCCAAAAUCUAAAGAUUUUGAUCCAACUUUAGUGAAUGCACAACAAGGCAAUCAUGAACAAAUGCAAAUUGAUCAGCCAGAAGUGCAAAGAUAUGCAGGUGUUACAGCAAAAGCGGGCACCGUUCAGAAAAUGCGCAGCAGAUAUAAGCUGAGCCAGCAAGUAAAAAUACACACGGAAACGCUGAAGAAGGAAAAACAAAAUAAGAAAAUGGCCAAAAAAAGUUUGAGCGAGAGAAAGAAAGAUUUUAUCAAGCAGCCAAAGCAGAAAAUCAAUAAGAAAAAUCAAGAAGAUAACUUUUCCAAAAUGGUUAACAAUUAUAAGAAGAAACUGAUUGACGGUUUGGGAGGUGCAAAGAAGAAAGGAGGAAACUGGUAUAACGAUGAUAAUUAAUUUGUUUGUGAUAUUAUACUGCUUUUAUUAUAAUAAAUAUUGUAAUAGUACAUUAUAUACCUAGGUAGAGAAGUUGGUCAUUAUAUACCGAGCGCUUAUAUAAACCAAGGCGCGAAGCGCUGAGGUUUAUAAUGCAUAAGGUAUAUAAUGACUUUCUCUACCGAGGGAUAUAUAGAAUUUUUUUUACUACUACUAGUAGAAAAUAAAAAAAUAGGUUUGAAACCUGUGCUCAAAUUAUUUUCUCUUGUCGGAAGUGCUGCCCUCUAUCAACAGC